AUGAGCGACCACUACCGGACGCUGGGGCUGCAGCCCAAUGCCAGCAAGAGCGACAUCAAAAGCGCCUACUUCCGCCUCGCCCUAAGCUACCAUCCGGACCACCACGCCAAGGCCGACGCCGCUGGCCGCGCCGCCGCCGCAGUGUGGUUCCGUAGGGUCAAGGACGCCUACGAGGUGCUCUACGACGACCGCCGCCGCGCCGAGUACGACCGCACCAUCCGCGCGGGUGGCGGCUACGGGAACCGGCAGCAUGGCGGUCCCUCCCCGAGAUCGAGUGGCGGAGGCACCUCCUACUCAAAGGAGUCAGAACCGGAGUGGAUCUUGAAACGGGCGCGGGCACGGGGCCACGGCGGCGGUGCCUACUCGAGCUCGAGCGGCAACGGGAACCGGCAGGGACAACAACACGGCGCCGGCGCCGGCGCCUCCUCGAAAUCGAGUGGCGGAGGCCCCUCCUCCACAACAGAGUCGGACUCGGAGUGGAUGUGGGAACGGGCACGGACAAGGUGCCACGGCGACGGCGCCUACUCGAGCUCAACUGUCCACGGGAACCGGCAGUCACAAUCCGGCGGCACAUCCUCGAGUUCAAGUACUGGUGGAGGCACCUCCUCCUCCUCAGGCCCGGCGCUGAGGCGGUGCAACCGGUGCGACCGCACCGGGCCCCUGAUCGCUAGAGGCCCCCGAUCGCUAUGUAUACUAGUACGUAUAUUAGUACCCAUAAGUGGAGGUGCAGCUCACGUUUGUAAAUUUGGAAAGAAAAAAAAUCGAAUCAAUCAGCUCACCUGCCUGUACGCACCACGCACACAUCAAUAA